UCCUCAGAAUCGAUGGGAGCCUGUGCGACCAAACCCAAAGAUUCUAAUCCUGAGGAUCUCCCCGAAGAGGGACCGGCCACCCCCAAGCUGUCAGAAACUGUCCAAUGCGAUGAUCAUACGGAAAAGAUAGAUGCUAGUGAGAACAAAGAUGUCGAAGUUGAUAAUAAGGAAGAGCAUCUGCUAGAUCUCUCUGGACCAAUACCAAACAACUCCCCCAACAUAAAUGCAGAUUGGAAGGCCAAAUCAACGGUUCCCAUCAUAGAUCUCACUUCCAAGAUAGAUGAGUCGAAGCCUCAACCGGGUAAUUCAGAGAAGGUUCCAGAAGUCAAACACGUCGAAGUGGAGAAGGCCGAGGUUGAGAAUGUGAACACCAAUCACAUAAAGGAAGUUGUUACUUCGACCAAAGAUUCUGAGAUAGUGGUGACUGAAGUCGGUAAGCAGAAACCAGAUGUCAAGGGCGACGGGCCAUCACCAAAGUCUGUGGGAUUAGAUACGAAGGGUGUAGAAAUGCCUCUCGUUUCCACUUGACUGCAAAUGGCGAUUAUGCUCUUCAAAUGAAAGCUUGAAAUGCUGAACUUGUAAAACAUUCGCCACCAAGAAUCUGUACUACAAACUAUGCAUUUUCGAGCUCUAAUCUUUAUAAA